AUGCUCGAGGCCAAGCAGGUUUUGCAGAGACUAUGCGGUAGGGAAGAUGUUUCUGGUGAGAUGGCUUUGCUGGUUGAAGGUCUUGGGGUUGGGGGUGAAACAUCUAUAGAGGAGUACCUGAUUGGACCAGCAAAUAAAUUCAGUGAUGAUGAGGAACAAAGUUCUGAAAAAGAGCGAAUCAAGUUGUAUGGUCCCGACGAAGGAGUUUCCUGGGUUACCCGACCUGUCACUGGACAGAGUACUCUUGGUUUUGCAUCUCGCCAAGGAAGCGUCACAAAUCAGACCUUACCCCUUAUGGACCCUCUUGUCACCCUUUUUGGUAGUGUCCACGAAAUGCUUCCCGAUGCGGGAAGUAUGCUUUUUCCACACUUUGGUAGCAUGUUCAGUGUAGCAGGGAAUCAACCUAAAGAUGAAGGGUGGCAUGAAGAGAGCCUUGGAAUGGAGGGUGAGGGUUACACAUCUGAUGCUGUUGCUGGUGAAUCUGAUGACAAUUUACAAAGUCCAUUGAUCUCACGUCAGACGACGAGUUUAGAAAAAGACUUGAUCCAACCGGCUUCCCAUGGAAGUAGUUGA